AGUUCAAGCUCGUCGGAUCGCAAAAGCGCGUUGUGUGUCGUCGUCGUUGUCGUCGUCGCAAUGUCAUCGUACAGCACGGAGCCACAGAUGCCCAUCGUGGAUCUGGAGGUGCCGCCCAAGCAAUUCAAUCCUGUCUCGUUGGCCACGUCGAAUCAAUGGAAGCGAGCAGCGCUCAUGGCCAAAUCGGCUUCGGCCUGCCGCGAAUCGGAUGACAGCGAGGAUGAAGUGGAUACCAAGCAGCAGAUCAAGUAUGGCAGCGGCUUCCAGGCUGCCAUGGCCAUCAUCCAUGAGUACUGUGACUACAGCACUAUUCAUGGUAUACGUUAUCUUGGCGAGAAGAAACGUCCGUGGUUGGAGCGUUUAUUCUGGGUUAGCGUUUUUUUGCUUUCCAUUUGCACGUGCUUCAAGCUGACGAUGAACAUUUGGGACAAGUGGAACAACAAUCCGGUGAUUGUCAGUUUCGCCGAGAAGUCUACACCAGUGUGGGAGAUUCCCUUUCCCUCGGUCACAGUCUGCUCGGAGACUAAGUCCAGACAGCGUGCGUUCAAUUUCACCGACAAGUACUGGCAGAUUCGAGAUUUUAAGAACAAUGUCACUGGAGUUAUAAAUUUUACUGACGAGGAAAAAGCUACGUUUGGAUCCGUAACGCAAGUGUGCGACGCUCAUCUGCAUGACAUAAAAUAUGGCUUCGAUCUAAGACGAGGUAUUGAAAUUAUCGAUGAACUGAGCGCAUUAGCGCCUAGUUUCGAAGAGAGUUUUCUGGACUGCAAGUGGCGCAAUAAUCCCAUCAAGUGCAACGAAAUCUUUCAUAAAUAUGUCACGGAUGAAGGAGUUUGCUACAGCUUCAAUUCGUUGAGUCCAGCUGAAAUAUUUCGUGCCGAAGGCAUUAUACCCGAUAUUAUAUUCCGUGAGGACAAUCGCAUGAACUCCGAAUGGUCUGUGGAGAGUGGCUACAACAUUAAUGCCAAGACUGAAACUUAUCCGAAUCGUGUGCUGGGUCCUGGUGCCAAGGCCGGUUUAUAUUUGUUCCUGGGUGGCAUGGAACUGGAUUUCGAUGAUAUGUGCCGUGGUCCAGUGCAGGGUUUUAAAAUAUUGCUGCACACACCGGGUGAAGUGCCACAGGUGGCCAAACAAUACUUCCGCAUACCCUUCGAUCAGGAAGUGCUGAUCUCCAUACGACCAAAGAUUAUCACCACCUCUGAUGGCCUGAAGUACUACGAGCCACAAAGGCGUCAAUGCUACUUCCAGGAUGAGCGACAUUUGCGUUACUUUAACAUCUACUCGCAGAGCAACUGUGAGCUGGAAUGUUUGGCCAACUAUACGCUAAAAGUCUGCGAAUGUGUCAAGUUCUCCAUGCCGCGCAACAUGAACGCCCCGGUUUGCGGAGCUGGUAGAUUGCAGUGCUACAACGAUGCAGAGGACGAGCUGUUGCUCAAGGAAUUCCAACAGGGCAUGUCUCAAGAUGGAGAGAAUACUCGUGCCGAAACCGAUUGCAAUUGUUUGCCCUCAUGCACUUCGAUUGCUUAUGAGGCGGAAAUAUCUCAGGCUGAUUUCGACUACAAGACAGUGGCGAGACAGAAUCCGAAUGGACAACAGCAGCAGCAAAAGCAAGAGGGCAUGAAAAUGUCGCGUGUAUCAAUCUCCUUCAAGGAGGCACAAUUCCUUACCUCACGCCGCUCGGAACUUUAUGGUACCACCGACUUUCUGGCCAAUUGUGGCGGUCUGUUGGGUCUCUUCAUGGGUGUCUCCACGUUGAGUAUUGUGGAGUUGGUUUAUUUCUGUACUGUGCGUUUGAUAUCCAAUUUGCGUAUGCGUCGCAAGACACGUAGGGAAUUGUCUCUGGCCGCCAACAAGGAGGCUUAACUAUGCAAAAAAAAAGAAAAGAAAAAGAAACUGGAAAACGAAGACUGCCGCUUUAUCAAUUAACAAUCAGUGGCAAAUGAAAAGGAUUCUCAGUCUUUAGUGUACUCUAAAUAUGUAAUGUUUAAACUGCAAACAAUGAAAAUAAAUGUGUGUGUACUCUCGCUCUCUCUGUAUCGCACA